CUUAAUUUAUUCAUUUGACUAUCACCUGAACCGUUGGUAGUAGAUGUAUGAGCGACGCUGAAGAACCUAAGGAAGUAUCUUUUUCCAACAUCUGGAGGUUGUACUGAGUUAAAAUUGAGUGAAGUUGUAAGCAACAUGACAACUUUCAAAGUCCAAAGUCCAAAUGUCCGUUACACUGCAGACUUCAUAGAAAGCAUUUACACGUAUGAAACAACUCAAGUUGACUGCAGCUCAACAGGUUCUUAUGUUGCCAGGCCAGUUGAGACACAGUACACAUUCCGUACUGAAAGGCAGGUUCCGAAGGUUGGAUGCAUGUUGGUUGGUUGGGGAGGUAACAAUGGAUCUACAAUCACAGCAGCAGUGCUGGCAAACAAGUUGGGUUUAUCUUGGGAUACAAAACAAGGCGUCAAGAAAGCAAACUAUGUGGGUUCUCUGACCCAGUCCUCUACCAUAUGCCUUGGCACAGGACCUGAUGGUGAUGUAUACAUACCACUGAAAGAUAUGCUUCCCAUGGUUAAUCCUAAUGAUAUUAUAUUUGAUGGAUGGGACAUCUCAUCACUCAAUAUAGCUGAUGCCACUGAAAGGGCAGAGGUUUUAGAUUAUGGAUUACAGAGACAGCUGAGACCCUACCUGGAAAAAAUGACACCACGUCGUUCCAUUUACUGCCCUGAUUUUAUAGCAGCAAAUCAAGUGGAUCGUGCUGACAACAUUUUGUCAGGUAGCAAGCAGGAGAUGAUGGAGCAGAUAAGAGAGGACAUACGCGAUUUUAAGCAGAAGAAUAAUCUCGACAAGGUUAUUGUCUUAUGGACGGCAAAUACUGAGAGAUUCUGUGAUGUCAGUGAAGGUCUGAAUGACACAGCUGAAAAUCUGUUGAAGUCCAUAGCAAAGAAUGAAGAGGAAGUUUCUCCAUCAACCAUCUUUGCUGUUGCAAGCAUCUUAGAGAAGUGCUCAUACAUUAAUGGUUCGCCUCAGAACACAAAUGUUCCAGGAGUUGUGGAACUUGCCAAAAAGCAUGGAACCUUUAUUGGAGGUGAUGACUUCAAAUCUGGACAAACGAAAAUGAAAUCUGUCCUUGUGGAUUUUUUAGUCAGUGCUGGUUUGAAGCCUGUUUCUAUUGUCAGCUACAACCAUCUUGGAAAUAAUGAUGGAAAAAACCUGUCUGCACCGAAACAGUUCAGAUCAAAAGAGAUAUCCAAGAGCAAUGUAGUAGAUGAUAUGGUGGAAUCAAACAGCAUUCUCUAUGAGAAAGGAGAGAAACCUGAUCACUGUGUGGUUAUCAAGUAUGUCCCAUAUGUGGGAGAUAGCAAGCGAGCUCUGGAUGAGUACACGUCCGAGAUUUUCAUGCACGGGCUUAACACCAUCGUACUACACAACACUUGUGAGGACUCUCUACUUGCGGCACCGAUCAUUUUGGACCUGGUUAUCCUGUGCGAGGUCUGUGAGCGAAUCAAGUUUAAAGUGGGAGACGACCCAGAAUUCCAGUCGUUCAACCCAGUCUUAUCCCUUCUCAGUUACCUCCUUAAGGCUCCAUUAGUUCCCAGUGGCACUCCUGUCGUCAACGCCCUGUUUAAGCAAAGAAGCUGCAUCGAAAACAUUUUCAGGGCGUGCGUUGGUUUGAAACCCCAAAGUCACAUGACACUGGAACACAAACUUUCAAGAGAAGUUGACCAGCCGCUGCAGCAAAAUGGAGUCGCAGACAAUCAUCUGGAUAAACGGAAACUUUCAAGGGAAGUUCACCAACCGCUAAGGCAAAAUGGAGUCGCUGAUAAUCAUCUGGAAAACGGAAUGAAAAAGAAUGGUUAUGUCAAUGGGGAAACAAAGGACUUGAAACGCAUGAAUGGAGAUCUAACGCAAGUGGGAGAAAUCAAAAUCAAAAGGUCACGUGCUCGCUGAUCCGAAUUGAUGAGUAAAGUUUUUCAAAAAUGAAGUUCUUUACUUAAGGAUUUCUUAUCCAUUUGAUUUGUGAUAGUUAUGACUUUCACAUUUGUUCUUUAAAACUUUAAACUGCAAAGUUAAACUACAAAAGAAGUUAAGUUUUGUUUUAAAAAAAAACGAAAAACUACCUUUGUGCCCCAGGGAAGUUAUUUUUGUGUUAAAAAACAUUUUAGUAUAUAAUUGCUUGGUCAAGUUAUUUUUGACAUUUCUUUAAUGGCUCUGGGGUUGAAAGCCCUUUGUGUGAUUGUCUAAAGAACAAAUUAUUUGAAUUGGAGGACAUGCUAUUAUCUUACACCAGUUUGGUGUCUGGAAUGGGGUUACUUUAAAGACGGUAUUGCUGUCUCGUCAUGCAAUUGAAACAGCGUGAGUGCUAACUUAAAAGAACGUUCUAUGGCAGGUAAAUAAUUUAUGUUGGGAAUAUGUUUUUAAAAGAUGUAAAAACUCAGCACAAUUAAUUAUUGGAAAAAUAUAUUCUAUUUGUCAAAUAAUAUUUUAUACGACCUGUUAUUCAAUACGAGUCAGGAUCGUGUGAUGGUCAAACUAAAAGAUUAUGUUAUAAGUAUACUUGUCUCAAACUGAUUUUUAUUCCUGCUGUUUCCGUGUAAUUUUUUCAAGCGAUUGAUUUCCUUCUUAACCUUUUAACUCGGAAGAUCUGAUUCUAAAUUCUCCCUUUUAGCUGGUGUUAGUCUAGAGAACAACUUCUACCUGAUAAGUUUUAGUAUUCUCAUUACCUGUUAGCUGGAUAACGUAUGGAUGGUUUAGGGAGAAGUUAAAUGUUAUUAACUUCUGAGUAAGCCGUAUGUCAUUAGGACAGGUCACCGCAUGAGCAACAUAUAAGAUUCUUCCACUCGUCCAUUAAGAAUAGUUUUUAGGAAGCUAUAUUUUUUUUCAAUUCGUGCCUUCGUAUAAUUGAAUGGUUUGUACAUGAUAAGUCAAAUGGUAAACACGCGAGGUAGCACUCGCAAGUAACCGAGCUUAUUACGUAGGUACCUCUAAACUAAAGCAGUACGCUCUACAGCUGUUUAUGCUUUGCGGGCCUAUUACUUGUUCCCGCUACGCAAUUAAUAUUUGAGAAGGUAAUGUAAGAAUUAUUCGCGCUUUACUAAUGCCGAUGUUGCGCUUGGUUCUCUUUUAGGUGAUGAUCUUAUCAACCUUUAAACAUUAGUUUUGUAUGUAAGAUUUGGGUAUUUGGCUAAUGGCCUUGCAAAAAUAACUAAUUUCGUCGUGUUCUUAACCAAACUUCUGGACAUUGGAGAUAGGUUGUAAUUUGUCUAUUGAUAGAAAACCCAAAUUAAUUCAGUCUUGCUGUUGGAAGUAAAAGCAACCGUUAGAAAUUGUGGAUUUUUGCUAACGUUCAUUGUAAUGAAUGGUUUGAUCAGUCGAUGCUUAAACAAAAUCUGUUGAACGUGCACUUUAUAGGGAAUGAUAAGAAAAUUUGUAACUGAAGUUGUUAUUUCUGUUAGAAAUUGUGGAUUUUUCUUACGUUCAUUGUAGUGAAUGGUUUGAUCAGUCAAUGCUUAAACGAAAUCUGUUUAACUUGCACCUUAUAGGGAAUCAUUAAAAAAUUUGAAACUGAA